UGUUGCGAAAGCACGAAAUGGCUCGAGUAAUAGACGGUUUUUAUUUACAAGUCGUCAUUCGUCAACUUAACGGCAUAACCUACUUCCUUUUCAAGUUUUAGGCAAACUAAUCCAACUGGGUUCGAAAAUAUUUUAUUUUAUUUUGGUGCUGAAAAAUGUAUAGGAUAUUAAAUCUUAAAAAUGGGCGACAACUCUACAUUGAAUAAAGAUUGGAAAGAAAUAAUUGCUUUGGAUACUAUAACAAAUUGUUUGCCUAGCCACUAUCAGCAUGGGCAGCAGACAUCUCCUCUCAUGGUUACUGGUAUAUCUUCAUUUGAAGAUCACCUUGUGAUAGCCUCAAAUGUUGGCCUUAUAUUCCUGGCACAUCUACCAUCCCUUCAAAUUGUGAGACUAGAAUGUGAAAAGCCUCUAAGCUGCAUAACAAAUGUGAGUGCAACACGUUCUGCUAAUGACAUGGUUGCGGCUGGGGCUGCAGAUGGCUGCAUUUCAAUUUUCCUCCUGCCUCGGCACCUGACACAGCCAUCAUGCACUCCCAAGGCUGGUCAUGGAAAUGACCUGAAAAGAUUUUCUGUGGGGUCACUGCACAGCGCACCUAUCACAAGUCUGGCAUGGAGCAGCAGUGGCUUGAAGCUGGUGACUGGAGAUGCUGCUGGAGUGGUAGGGCUUCUGGAGAUGAACCACGACUCCUGUCAGUGCCUUGCAAGACACCUCUUCUCUGAGAGUCUGCCUAUUGUGCAACUUUCCUUAUACAAGCAGAAAGUGGCAGUUUCUUCUGAGCAGCGUUGCAUAGUUUAUGAUCUCCAGGAUGACCGUCUCAACGUUGUGGGAACCAAACCCAGAAAACAGCCUGGCAGAUUUGGAGUGGCAUGGAGUAGGUGUUUGCCUGCCUGUAGUGGUGUCGUGCCUUCCGCAGAGCCGUGCAAUUUAACCUCUAGUGUCGUCGCUAACGAUGUUCCUAGUGUGGCCUCCACCGAUGAUUCAAGAUUUGUCCCCACCGAAAUUUCCAGUGCUGCAUUCACCGACGUUCCUAAUGCGGCCACUGCUGAUGUUUUUAGUAACUUCCACACCGAUAUUCCUGAUGUUUCUGGCACCGUUAAUACUCCUGUUGUUCUAUCAUCUGGGCCUGUAGUUGUGAACGAUGAUGCUGAAGUUUCUUCAACAGAAGUCACUGCUGUUGUUGAUAAGGAUGAUAUUACUGACUCUAAACUCGAGAAUACUGAGGGAGAGAAAAAUUCUGAUGGAGGCACCGAUGAUAACGAAUAUGAAGAUUCUAACACCACCAAGCAUAUGAUCACGGAUACAAAUAUUACAACUUCUUCCACUGCUGUAUUUACUUCUAAGUUAUCAUGCAAUUCCGUGAAUACCAAUCAUGAAGUGCCCGCUAUUAUGUCCACGGGAAUAAAUUCAAGACCACAACCCACAACACCAGAGAGUGAGGACGCCGUCUUGUACACAAGUCGGCCCGGCCAGCGCGUGUGGAUGGCAGUGGCCGAGGGUCAGGUGCGCACUACUCUUCUCAUCAAAGAUCUUCCCUUGGAUACACGCAUCCAACUACCUGGUAUCAGUCCCUCCGUCGCUCCGCCUGUGCUAUCAAGUGUCAAGUUCGAGAACAUUCAAGUAAUGAAUACGGGACAACUUGUUAUGCAUUCUCCCGACUCUCUGGUCAUCUUUAACCCGAGGACGCUGCUCGUUGAGGCCUUCUUUUACCGCGAGAAUUUCAUCCGAUGCGUCUCAUGUACCGCUAGAAGUGUGUUCGUCCUGUCCCAGGCUGGUAGCAUAUUCUGCAUCAGUGACCAACCUGUUAACGUCGGCAGCAGCGCGAUAUUGCACCCUAUGCAUGGAGGUGCUGAAGCGUCGCGAAAGUUAUUUAUGCCGCCUUUGGUGUUAAAGAAACUUGGUGAAAAGGUGCUCACGCAUAGCAGCAACGUGAUUGAAGGGGUCGUCAAGCUGAGCGGUUCCAUUGCAAGCCGCGUCACGGAUGCCGCUGCUGGAGGCUACAUUGUUAACGGCGUCGCCUCUGAGCCCUGCACGACGGAGGGUUCCUUCUCUAGGUACAGCCUCAGCAACGCGCAGCUCAACACAGCAGCGAAGCAGAGCCUCGCUCCUGAUGGCCUCUCUAGGUCUAUGUACGCAGAGACACCGGCGUCAGAGCAGCUCCUGACGCAGAGCUUGCAGGAGCGCCUUGAACCUCCUUCGGAGCCGCGAUAUAACGCUCCGCUGGUUGAUGCCAAUGCUGAUACCUACCAGGGGACUGAGGCGAGAGACGGCACCCCCUUGGUGAUCAGAGGCAAGCAACGUAGGAAGAAGCAUCGAAGGACACACAAUCCGAGUACGCCUGAUCCAGAAAGCAGCGCGUGUAGCCGAGCCUCCAGCGAAGUUAGGAGUACAACCUCACCGUACGACCUCCCGCUGGCUACUGAGAUCUCUUCUGAAUUCACCGUUGAAGAGAGCGAGCGCAGACUAGGCGAGAUGCUGGGAAUCGAGUGCCUCAAAAACUAUAGUGUAAAUAGUCACUUUCACGAUCCCGAGCGCCGUACAACUGAAAAACUUGACCGCAGUUGCCGUGGAAGUGUUGACUCCUCUGCACCUAAUAAAUGCCCUGAUUUCUUAAUUGAUGAUUCUCAAAUUAUUUUGAAUCGAAAAGAGUAUAAUAAUCUGGUAUUGCAAACAAAUGAAGAAACCCAUUUUCUCCCAUCAGAAAGAGAUGAACAAACGUCUAAUAUUUGUUCUAAAGAUUUUAACUUUUCACGACAAGAUAACGAUAAAAAACGUGAUAUUGAUUUUUGUAAACUAAAUGGAGGAGCCAAAGUAUCCUCGGAAGUGGCCGUUGACGACUUUUUUCAGGCUUGCAAUAAAAACGGUAAUCCUUCAGAUGGAAAUACGACAGUAUCCUCUAAUCCUCUUUGCGGUGGCUCAGCAGAUAACAAUCUACAAGGAUAUGAGGAUAGCAGGACCAGCAAUUUAGGCCCCGCCAGUAGUCUCGAGUCCACGACGAGUGAGCUCAGCUACUACGUACCUUCUCUGGAUGGCGCUGGGCCGCCCAUGCAGGUCCUUCGGUCCAUGUCCCAUCACGACAAAACAAUCCUUCAUGCGGAGGACGAACUGACGGAGGAAGUGGAACCUAUGGUGCAGCUUUCGAUGAAACCUAACGGCUUAAGUGCGUUCCCUUCCACUGACGGCCAUUCAGGUACGCAGGAAGAUUGGAGUGAAAUUUCCCUGCCUACUCCUGCAGUCGCUGUGGGCGGCAGUGACGAUUACUUUGUUUUCCUGGACGACAACAACCAUCUCCAUUUCGGUGACCUAAGUGAGCGGUCCCAUAUAACUUGGAGCUCCUUGCGUCUGCCACUAAGCGUGACGGCCUUUGCGGUGUCCAGCUCCUGCCGCAGCCUCUACCUGGUGUCCGGUGGAUGCCUCUUGUUGUGCCGCGCUCAACAUAAGGAAAGCGAGCAAAUUUUAGUAGACUCUGGUGUUCAUGACGUGGUUUCGAGUCUUGAAGUCGGUCAAAUAUUAGAUCAAAUAAUAUCGAGGCUUGGAAUCCCAGUGACUGUUGAGGAGAGACGAGGAAGCUCAGUGCCUGGUGAGGAGAAACGAGGAAGCCCAACAGCUGAUGAAGAGAGACUAGGAAGUUCGGCGGCAUGUGACGACAGGCUAGAAAGCCCAGCGCCUGGUGAGGAAAGGCUAGGAAGCACAGCUCCUGGUGAAGAGAGAUUAGGAAGUUCAUCACCUGGUGAGGAGAGACGAGGAAGCUCAGCGCCUGGUGAGGAAAGGCUAGGAAGCCCAGCGCCUAGUGAAGAAAGGCUAAGAAGCUCAACGCCUGGUGAAGAGAGACUAGGUUGCCCCGCCCCUAGUGAGGAGAGAAUAAGAAGCCCUGAUGAAGAAACGGAAGUUGCAACCAAAUCUUCUUCAAACCGCCAUACCCUUUUGUGCCGCACUGAUGUAACCUCUUCAGCUGCGAAGAGCACUCGUCAGGACCGCAUGUUUUCUUCACAAAGUCGAGACGAAAAUUACUUGCCUUCACGAAUAAACCUCCCGUCUUUCUUCAUGCUGCUAGCUCGGCCCCUUGCGAGUGGCGUGCUUGCUGUUGCUGGCGAUGAUGAACUUGUUUUCUACGUAACUGACGACGGCCAGGUUUGGUGUCUGCUGCUGACGGACAGUCAACCGCUAAGAGCGGUGGAAGCAGGACGUGCCGUGUUGCUGGGGUCAGAGUCGCCCUUACGAUUUGUUUCUCUGGCGUACAGAGACGGACUGCUGUGGGCAAUGGAUGCGAAGGGAGCACUGCACUUCAGAGCUGGACAAAGUCGAGAGUGUCCCAUGGGACUGUCGUGGGGGGUAGUGCAAACAGACCAGGAACAGGAUCCUCCCCCUGUGGGGGAUGAGGAAGAAGUGCUGGAGCGGCUUCACUCUCACUUGGUAGUUGAUCCUCACGGGCUUCCUGCUCGCUCUCUUAAACCUGACACGCAGCGCCAGCACAACGCUCAUGACUGGCUCGUUCAUAAUAACAACAACAAUCGUGCCGAUAAACACACAGACGAGUGCAAUGUUAAUGACGAUGUUAGUAGAAAUCCACAAUCCCUCAUUAUAUCUCACGAUAGAGCCGGCAACCGCGAUUUCCAGACUCUGAGCUGUACUCCGGAGAUAAGUUCCGUGUUCAGCAGCGUUGUUGAGGGAAUAAGGGAGGAAGUUUCUGUGCAUUCUGCCACGCAAGCCGAGUCUGUGGCAACGGCCGCUGAGACUGUGGCGGUGACCACCGGGACUGUGGCAAUGACCAUCUCGAGCGGCGGUGUUGCCUGGCGCGUCACGAAGUGCGGAUCGGUGGCCUUCCGUCCUGGUGUUUGCGCCGCGAUUCCGCAGGGCGCCAACACGAGUUGGUGGGCGGUUGGUGUCGGUGAGCGGUGGGUGGACGCGAGAAAGCCUUUGUUCACCAGCGGCGGGGGUUUUGUAUGGCUUUGCGUAAGCAAGGAGCGUCGGGUGCUUGUGCUCCCUGUGGCCACAAUGGGCAGCGUAUGGACAGCUGCUGGCCGGCAACGAUGGUCAAUGGUGUCCGCUGAAGCGCUUUAUGGUGGCCACGGUUCCCUGGCAUGUCUAAAUCCUAAAGGGGAGCUGCACCUCGUCAACCCCACGAAUUUCCACUCUGAAGUACUUACCUUACCCGAUCUUAGCCCCGUUGUGUGCGUGAGUCAGCGACCCGAGGUUCUGUGGCUACUUACGGCGACCGGGGACCUUUGGAUCCGCGGUGGCAUGACGUCUUCCUGCAACAUGGGCACGCACUGGCACUUGCUUGACCUGACGCAGAUCAGCGACGUGACCCUUCGUCAUGUCAGCCUGGGGCUUGAGCUGACGUGGGCGGUGGACAUGAGGGGUGGCGUGUACAUGAGACAAGGCGGGUUGUCGCCACCACACCCAUACGCCUGUCCCCAGGCAUGGCUGCAGGUGGACCACAUGAGGCUGCCUGGAGGCGCCUUAUUCACGAAGGUAUUUGUGGGCCCUGGACGCCAGCUGGUGUGGGCGUUGGACAGCCGCCACUGCGUCUACGUGCGGGUUGCCAUAUUUUCUGACCUUCCCAUCGGCGUGACUUGGGAGGCCGUGGACGGGGUGCGGGCCAUCAAUUUGUCCAUCAGCGAACGCGGCCGCGUAUAUGCCGUCACUGAGGAAGGGCACGUGUACGAGAGGCUGGGCGUCGCUCCUCCUGCCAACUACGUGGGCACCGCCUGGAGGAAACUGCCUGGCUGCCUUGCCAGCGUGUCAGUGAGCGUUGACGAUGAGCUCUGGGGUCUGAGCCAGAGCGGCGUGCUCUGCAGGCGACAAACUCUGCAUUCUCUCCACUGGCGCCGCGCAGACUCCUGCUCUGAACCCCAGACUGCCCAGGACUCUGAUGCGGGUCUCCUGCUUGACUCUGAGACAGAGUCGCGGCGUCAGAGUAUUGAUGAAUCCUGGGAAGUCAUCGAGUGAUCAAUGGACCUCAAAUGGGCGCCUAAGUUUGCUAAGUACGAUUAAUUUUUGAAGUAUCAUAAUAAAUGUAAUAAUGCAUUAUAAUA